AUGGGGCUGCGGCUGAACGCUCUCCCCAUGAGGCUUCUGCUGGUGCUGCUGCUGGGGCAAGUUCACUCUCUGAGGCCUUCUGAUCUAAAAAUUGUGGCUGCUAUUGGGAAUCUGGAAACUCUUCCAGACUCAGGGAUGGUGGACCUGAAGAAGCAAAUAUGGACUGAAAAUGGGCUGCAGCAGGCGUGCAUGGUAGUGACAGUCCUUUCAGAUGUCAUCAGAUAUUUCAACCCCUCUCUGCUGAGGCCCCUGUGCCCUUCAGGGAAGACUGGUCUGCCCCGCGAUGACACCGAAAACUUGUGGAUUCAGGCCAAGGAACUGGUGAGAAGCAUGAAAGAGAACGUGCAACUCGACUUUCAGAAUGACUGGAAGGUCAUCAACGUGUUCUUCAGCAACGUGAGCCAGUGCCACUUGUGUUCCUCCGCCAACCAGGAAAGCCUUGUGAAGGACAGCAUGGACAAACUGACCAAAACACUGGACUACCUGCACCAGGAGAUCCCCAAAGUGUUUGUGAACUUGGUGGACCUCUCUGAAGCCACAGGGACCUCUCAGUGGCACCAGGGCACAAGGCUCAGCUCCUCAGACGAGCCCUGCAGCUGCCUGGCAGAGACGUCAAAGCUGUCCCGCGUUGUCAUGCAGUGGUCCUAUCAGGAAACCUGGGAGAAGUUCCUGGCCUCCAGCAAGUACAAUGAGUACAGGUCCUUCACAGCUGUUUUCCAGCCUCUCUUCUCUGAUACAGCCUUGUCAUCCAUUGUGGAGAAGCCACUUGUCCAGGAUCCCACCACACUUGCCUUGAGUCUCUGGAACAGCAUGAUGGAGCCAGCAGGACAGAAGGAUGAGCCACUCAGUGCAAAAGAGAGCGUACAUAUAAAAUGCCCCACUCAGGAGAAGCCCUAUCUGUUUACAUACAAGAACAGCCUCUACCUGCCCGGCUCAUCAAAAUUCCCUAAGAAGCUUGAGGUGAGAGAAGGAGCGGAAAUCAGGUGCCCUGACAAGGAUCCCUCUGACUCCAUUCCCACUUCAGUUCACAGGCUGAAGCCAGCGGACAUCAAGGUCAUUGGAGCCCUGGGGGACUCUCUCACGGCAGGUAAUGGGGCCGGCUCGACGCCUGGAAAUGUCUUGGAUGUCCUGACUCAGUAUCGAGGCCUGUCCUGGAGCGUCGGUGGAGAUCAGAACUUAAGCACCGUGACCACUCUGGCAAACAUCCUCCGGGAAUUCAACCCUUCCCUGAGGGGUUUCUCUGUUGGCACUGGGAAAGAAAGCAGUUCAGGAGCCGCCUUCAACCAGGCUGUGGCUGGAGACAAAGCUGAGGACUUACCCAUCCGGGCCCGGAGGCUGGUGGACCUGAUGAAGAAUGACACGAGGAUAAAUUUUCAAGAAGAUUGGAAGAUAAUUACCCUGUUUAUAGGAGGCAAUGAUCUCUGUGAUUUCUGCAAUGACCAGGUCCGCUAUUCCCCUCAGAACUUCUCAGACAACAUCAGGAAGGCUCUGGACAUCCUCCAUGCUGAGGUUCCUCGGACCUUCGUGAACCUUGUACUGGUGUUGGAGAUUGUCAACCUGAGGGAGCUCUACCUUGAGAAAAAAGUCUACUGUCCAAGGUUAAUCCUCAGGUCUCUGUGUCCCUGUGUCCUGAAGUUUGAUGAUAACUCAACAGAACUUGCUGCCCUCAUCGAAGUGAAUAAAAAGUAUCAGGAGAAGACCUACCAGCUGGUCGAGAGUGGACGGUAUGACACGAAGGACGAUUUCACGGUGGUGAUACAGCCAUUCUUUGAAAAAGUGGACAUGCCAAAGAACUCGGCGGGGCUGCCUGACAACACUUUCUUCGCCCCAGACUGCUUCCAUUUCAGCAGCAAGGCUCACGCCCGAGCAGCCAGCGCCCUGUGGAACAACAUGCUGCAACCUGUCGACAAGAAGACAGCGCAGCAUAAUUUUGAAAACAAGAUCAAUAUCUCAUGUCCAGACCAGGUCUGGCCCUUCCUGAGCACAUACAAGAACAGUGUGCAGGGUCAUGGGAGCAUGCUGCUGUGCAGGGACAGAGCCCCUUCUGCCUCACCCCCCACCUCAGUGCAUGCCCUGAGACCUGCAGAUAUCCAAGUUGUGGCUGCUCUGGGAGAUUCUCUCACUGCUGGCAAUGGAAUUGGUUCCAAACCGGAUGACCUUCCUGAUGUCAACACACAGUAUCGGGGACUAUCUUAUAGUUCAGGAGGGGACGGCUCCCUGAGGAAUGUGACUACGUUGCCUAACAUCCUUUGGAAGUUUAACAACAAUCUCACCGGCUAUGCGCUGGGCAUGGGAGACGCCAAUGACACAAAUGCAUUUCUCAAUCAGGCUGUUCCUGGAGCAAAAGCUGAGGACCUCGCUCGCCAAGCCCAGACUCUGGUGCAGAGGAUGAAAGAGGACAGUAGAGUAAAUUUCCACAAAGACUGGAAGGUCAUCACUGUGCUGAUCGGAGGGGGUGACCUCUGUGACUCCUGCACGGAUUCGAAUUUGUAUUCAGCAGCCAAGUUUUUUGGCCAUCUCCGCGACGCCUUGGACAUCUUGCAUAGAGAGGUGCCCAGAGCCCUGGUCAAUCUUGUGGACUUCAUGAACCCCACUGUCAUGCGGCAGGUGUUCUUGGGGAACCCAGACAAGUGCCCAGUGCAGCAGGCCAGUGCUCUGUGUAACUGCGUGCUGAGCCCUCGGGAGGGCUCCCAGGAGCUGGCCAGGUUGGAGGUCAUCACCCAAGCCUACCAGAACAGCAUGCGUGAGCUGGUGGAGUCGGGCCGCUAUGACACUCAGGAGGACUUCUCUGUGGUUCUACAGCCGUUCUUCCGCCAUGUCCAGGUCCCGGUCCUGGAGGGUGGGAGCCCAGAUACAUCCUUCUUCGCCCCGGACUGCAUCCAUCCAAGCCAGAAAUUCCACUCUCAACUCUCCAGGGCCCUUUGGGUCAAUAUGCUUCAGCCACUAGGAAAUAAAACGGAGAGUCUGGACCUGGCAGCAGACAUACCUCUGUCCUGCCCCACUCAGGAUGAACCCUUCCUGAGGACCCUCCAGAACAGCAACUACACCUACUCCACCACGCCCGAUCCUGAGAACUGGGGCAGUGACUUCCUGUGUGCGGGGUGGAAUCCCUCCAACAGUGUUCCUACCUCAGUCCAUGAGCUCCAACCAGCAGACAUCAAAGUGGUGGCCGCCCUUGGUGACGCGUUAACUACAGCAGUGGGUGCCCGGCCAAGCAACUCCAGUGACCUGCUCCUUCCCUGGAGGGGACUUUCCUGGAGCAUCGGAGGGGAUGGGAUCUUGGAUACCCAUACUACACUGCCCAACAUCCUGAAGAAGUUCAACCCUCGCAUCCUUGGAUUCUCUACUGGUACCCAGGAGGAGACAGCAGGACUGAACGCGGCCACAGAAGGAGCCAGAGCUCGAGAUAUGCCGGCCCAGGCCCGGGACCUGGUGGAACGAAUGAAGAAGAGCCCAGAAAUCAACCUGGAGGAAGACUGGAAGUUGAUCACACUGUUGAUUGGGAGCAACGACUUGUGUCAUUACUGUGAGAAUCCGGAGGCCCACUCAGCAGAGGAGUACGUCCGGCACCUCCAACAAACCUUGGACAUCUUCUAUGAAGAGCUUCCCAGGACUUUCAUCAACGUGGUGGAGGUCAUGGAGCUGACUGGUCUGCACCAGGGCCAAGGCGGGAAGUGCACCAUGCCUUUGGCAGCUCAGAGCAACUGCUCUUGCCUCCGAGGCUCCCAGGAGAACUCGCCAGAGAUUCAAAAGCUGAAGCAACUGAACUGGAACUUCCAGAGUGCCGUCUCCAAGCUCUCCUACCAGCACCGGUACAUGCAGCGCGAGGACUUCGCUGUCGUCGUCCAGCCCUUCUUCCAAAACACUGUGGUGCCCCUGAAUGACAGAGGGGGCGCUGACCUCACCUUCUUCUCCGAAGACUGCUUCCACUUCUCAGAACGCGGUCACGCAGAGAUGGCCACAGCGCUCUGGAAUAACAUGCUGGAACCAGUGGGCCAUAAGACCACCUCUAACAACUUCACCUACAGCCGGACCAAACUCAAGUGUCCCACUCCUGAGCACCCCUACUUCUACACACUGAGGAACAGUCAGCUUCUUCCAGACCAGGCUGAAGAAACCUCCAAUGUGCUCAGCUGGGCGAUCCCAGUAGCAGCCAUCCUUGGUAUUGUGUUUGGGGUCGGCAUGGCAAUGGUGUGGAGAGCCAUACGAAGUCGCUAG